ACAUCACAGGGGUUGUGUAUUUGCAGAAAUCUUUCUCUACUCCUUAACUUUCAGGACUGCUUAUGCUAUUUGUAUCUGCCUCAGCUUUUCUAGAUCAUAUGACAAACUAUGAGGCCGUUAUCUAGAUAUAUGACAGAGUAUUAGACUUUGAGCUGAUGCAGCCUACACAGGAAGAAGUGGUCAUUAUCUCACAGAUUUGAGCGUGAAGGGAAGUUAAUGUUUGAGAGUGUCCAGCAUUCCAUCAUUCGCAGCUGUUCUGAGUGCAUUUCACAGAAGUAAAGACGCCUCUGUUCACUAUGUUGGAUCAAAUUGUUUUUCUGGCUGCUGUGACUAUAUUAGGGGUUUUUGAGCAAGCUUAUUUUUCACUUCAAGUGAUUGCUGCAAGAAGGAAGUACCAUGUUCAGCCUCCCAGUAUCUCUGGACCACCAGAGUUUGAGAGAAUCUUUCGUGCACAGGCAAACUGUUCAGAAUACUUUCCAUUGUUCCUUGCCUCCUUAUGGGUAGCUGGACUUUUUUUCAACCAAGUGUUGGCAGCAUGUUGUGGGCUACUCUAUCUUUAUGCACGUUACCUGUACUUCGCUGGAUUUGCAGAAUCUUCGAAGGGAAGGUUGGGACCAAUGUACCUGAAUGCUGGAAUUCUCUGGGCAAUGGCUGGCUUAUCCUCAGUUGGAAUCCUUAACUUCCUCCUCCUUCAUUACCUAAAAGUGAACAUUCUUCGAGGGAUUGGACAGCUCUUUGGAUUGUAAAUGUAAAAGAAUUUGUUACAGACCCGAUAACUCUUUUAUCACCACAUAAGAAGUUACAAAGCAAAAUGAUUAAAAUUAUGCUAAACCACUGAAAUGCUACUGUUCUGUUAUAAGCAAGCCAUCAAUAGUUACUAAUUUGCAAAGAUUAGGAAUGUAAAAAGGUAAAAAACAAUAUUUUGUAUUGUGAUGCAAGUUUUUAUGUGUAUUUCUAAUGCUAGCAAUGUAUCAUUUAUUGAGUUAUGGUAUUUUUAUUGGAGACAACUAUAAAACAAACAAGCAGUAUUAAUUUUUUACAUUGUAAAUUUUCUUAUUGAUUUGAAAACUUCUGCAUGUACAUCAUAGAUCAAUAUAAAAUCAUGAUUAAAUGCAUUUGCAAAAUGGGUAUAAAACUUAAA